AUUUAACUUUUUAGUUAAGUUUCGAUAACAUUCGCGCCACUUAAAUUUAGCAGUAAUUAUUAUUGUUUAUAGCGUUUGCCAAAUUACUGAGAAAGUGCCAAAAUGAAGAACCUCGAUGCCUCGCUAGACUAUAUGGAAAAUGCGCGCUUCAAUUAUUUAUAUGCACCGAUCGUGCUACGCAUGGAAAAAACAUCGCAGUUCCAGCGCUGCGAGCUGCUCUCCCUGGUGUUGAUCUACCACAAGUUCGUGCUGGAGAACGGAUCCCGGGCCAAAUACAUGACCACGGUACAGCUGAGCAGGAUGAUAGAGAUGUUCUUUCAUAUUUCAGAUCGCGAGAUUAACGCCAUCAUAGUUAGUCGCAUAAGCCGCUAUGAUGAUACGAUUAACGAUCCAAAGUUCACAUAUGAUCGAUACUGCUCUUUGGUGUCGUUUAUAAGGCUCUUCUCCAUAUACUUUUCAGAAAGUUUGGAUUUACGUAUGCAAUUUGCAUUCAGUGUAUAUGAUACCACGGAACGUGGCUGUUUGGAUCGCGAGGUUGUAACCCGCUGGGUGGACAAGUUCUUCGAAGGUGAUGAUGAAGAUGAGAUUUUCGAAUUGCGAACAGAUAUGACGGAAGUGAUAUUCAUGAAAUUUGAUUUAGACAGAGACAUGGUUAUAUCUGAAGAAGAGUAUUUCAAUGUGGUUCGCGAACAGCCCGCGCUUAUAGAGUUUCUGGGUAGAGUGUUUCCCUCGACACGCGAUCUGGAUGUUAUUGCAAUGUGUUCUAAUAUCUUAAGCUUUUUCGAUCGUACAGGUCAUCCACUAGCGGAUGAGCUUUAAUUUCAAAAUUCAAGUAAAGUCACAAAAAAUUGCAGAAUUGAAUUAUAAAUACAUAUGUAUAAAUAAAAAUUGUGAAUAAGUGUAAUAAAACCCAAUACCCUACAAUGA